AUGCUCACCACCACCCUCCUUCUGGCCACCGCGGGCACGGUGCAGGCGUAUACCCUGGUCAACUCGGGGUACAUCAUGCGCAAAAACAUCGACUCCAUUGUACAGCCCGGCAAGUACACGAGCCACAUGCACAGCUUCUUCGGCAAUGACGCGGUCAAUCUGACUACUUCUACUACUGACGAGCUCAUGCCCGGCUGCGCCACCAACGACAACCCGAACGACCUGUCGGUUUACUGGCACCCGACUCUGUACGCCAAAGACGGCGACGACCUCGUCCCAAUCGAGGCCCGGUACUUCAAAGCAUACUACAACGAGAUCGACACUGCCGAGAUUCCGUUUCCCACAGACUUCAAAGCGGUCGCGGGCAACGCAAGCGCGUCGACAGCGGAGGAGGUGGACGACCUGUGGACCAUGAGCUGGUGGUGCGAGUACGGUCCCGAGACGACGCCCGACAGCAGCGGCUGGCCCGAUGCAGGAUGCGAUCUGGGUCGUCUGCAGACGCAGCUCCGGUUCCCUGACUGCGUGAACCCGGACACCCUGGCCAGUGGGUACUCCAGCCGCGCGUGGCUGGCGAACUCCAACCGCUGCCCCGAUCAGAUGAAGCGCAUCCCACAGCUGCGGUUCUCCGUGCGCUUCGACACGUCUGAAGCGCUCCCCGACGGCUGGUCCGGCGAGGCACCACUGCAGCUUUCGAGCGGCAAUUCAUACAGCUUCCAUGGCGACUUCAUCAAUGGCUGGCUGCCCGAGGCGGCCGAGAACAUGUUGCGCGCCAGUGAUAAGAACGAGUUCCAGACUGUCGCCGGUCCCCGAUCCGAGGUGGCUACUUGUGACCCGGUUGAUGUCGACCCGGACAAUGGCACGAGCGACUAUGAGGAGAGUCUUCGUAUGAUGGAGGCGUGA